AAUUGAAUGCACUUGUCCCUCGUGACACAUUUCCUUCUUGACUUAUGUGCGGAUCUGUUGCAGGUUCUGGGGGAGAAUAUCAGUGUUCCAACGCAAUAUGGAGAGCUGGCACUGUUUGCUGCUGCUGUGCAUGCUAAGUUUGGCGCUGGCCUCCAGAGAGGCGACGGAACAGGAUGAUGACAUCGACCUUGUCGGCUUUCUGAGAAGUAUCCUUCCUGGGCACCUAGUGAGAGACAAGCCUUUUACCAUUAACAAAGACUUUGGGAUAAAGUCCCUUAGGGAGCUAGGACGCCCUGCGACCGGCUCAAUCUCUCAGCAAGGCAAGGUCAAGCCAGUCCAUUGGGAAGCAAACGGGGCGCCUGGACCACUGGUGGUGACUAAAGACGGCCCGAUCACGGGGGUUACAGUGGACAAGGCCCAUAUUUUCUAUGGAAUACCGUAUGCAGACCCCCCUGUUGGGGCUUACCGCUGGAAGCCCCCCAGACCUGCGAGUCCUUGGCUGGGGGUUUAUGAUGCCUCCUUCCCCAGGGCGGCAUGCAUGCAGGCCUGCAGCGGCCCCAUGGCUGAGGAGUGUCCUCGGAUAGUGAGCGAGGACUGUCUCUACCUCAACGUCUUUGUCCCUCUGGAUGUGGACUUCAGCUGUCCGCUGGUGGCCCCUCUGCCCGUCAUGGUGUGGAUCCAUGGUGGGGAUUUCAUCGCUGGCUCUGCCUCCAAGCCGCUGUACGACGGGCGCUUCAUCAGCAACGCCACCAAAAGUGUUGUGGUGAGCCUGGAGUAUCGACUGGGCGCUUUUGGGUUCCUCGUAUCGGGCAAAGACGCCCACUCAGCUGUUGGGAAUUACGGGAUCUUGGAUCAGCAGGCUGCUCUUCUUUGGGUCCAGCGCAGCAUUGCAGCGUUUGGAGGUGAUCCCAGCAAGGUGACAAUAUUUGGGGAGAGUGCAGGUGCUCAGUCGGUGAGUCUUCACCUGAUGAUCCAGAGCAGCAAGCCCCUGUUCAAACAGGCCGUCCUGCAAAGUCUCCCAUUCUCCAUCCCGCUGAAGAGCAGACACGACGCAUUGAAGCUGGGGAAAGACUUCGCCAAACAGACAAACUGCUCUGUGAGCGACAUCGUCUGCCUGCUGUCUCUCGCUCCGCAGGCCGUCCUGGCCGCCCAGAUGAAAACAAGUUCCAAGGUUGUGAACCCGUUCAGGUUCCUUGAGGUGUUUGAGACGUGGGGUCCUUUUAUUGAUGGGGAGUUCAUAAAAGAGCAAGCUGUCACUGCAUUCCAGAAGGGCCACUGGCAGAAAGAGAAGCCGGUGCUGCUGGGUACGACUUCAGAGGAGGGCGUGAUCUUUGCGUACGGAGUCUUCAAUAAGCCGGUCUCCGCAUUGGAAAGCGCUGUGUACGUCACCGCCAUCUUUAAACAACACGCACUGCGGAUCCUGCACAAGUAUCUGCCCCUGUACAGGGAUGCUGACCGCAGGGGUAUGCUGGCUCAGAUUGUCACAGACUACGUCUUCCAUUGUCCAUCCAGGAGCUCGGCGCGUGCUGGCACAGCAACUGGCAGCAAAGUGUGGAUGUACAUGUUUGACCACGUGGCAUCAGACCCUCGCGUGUGGUCCGGCCUGACUUUCUGCUACGAGCACGCCUGUCACGGCGCCGAGCUGCCCUUUCUCUUUGGCUCUGCUUCGGUGGCCAACUUCACGCUGUCAUUAUCAGAGAAGCUGCUGUCCAAUCGGAUGCUGUGCUACUGGGGCGCCUUUGCACACACUGGUGACCCUUCCUCCCGGGCCCAACAGACGACUUUCUGCCACCAGCAGCGUCUGCCAGUUUGGCCGCGCUAUGCCGACACCAGCAGCUGGCUAGUCAUGAACCUGACGGUGCGUUCACAUGCACAAGUGGGAACCAGGGACCAUAUAUGUGACUUCUGGGACCAUCUUGGCAUCUAUUAUUGAGAGGUAGUGGAUUAUUGUCGGACCGCACAAAUCCGUGGUUUUAUUACGCAGUUUACCUUAACCAUCGCGGUGUAAAAUAAAGUUUGACUGAUCGUGUUAUCGGCCACAUCAGGUAAACCCCAGCGUUAUUAUGAUGUGUUCACAUGUGGUCUCUUAAAAUGUAGUUUUAGUGGGAAACUUAAAUAAAUCCUUUUUUACAGAGAUUUUUUCAUAGUUACAUAAAAACAUCACGUUAGAUGUUAGAAGAUUUGUUUUAAUCAAUUAAGAUAUAAAUAUCUUGUAUUUCCUCAUUUUAUUUGUGUGCCUUUAUGAAAUAACAUUAUUAACUUCUUUAACAACGUAAAAAGAGAACAUUUACGACUGUGAUGCAUUCCUAACCCUGAGUUUCUGAUCCGUUACACCACUAUUGAGGAGCAACAGGCUCGGCAGGGACGUGGAGGGUUACUUUGUAUUGAAGUACCAAUGAUACAUGCUUUUAUCCUCGUCCCUGAGACUGCCACUUACGUCACUAAAUCUAGUUAAAGAGUUCAUCAUGAAAAUACAGAUUUCGCAGCAUUCGCAAAUUACCAUUGGAGCUUCGCUACCAAGCAGCAUUAUUUCAAUAAAUCUGCAGCUUUUAGGAAGAAAAUGUUAUAAUGGUGUCCUCUCUUCAGAGAACAAAUGUCCAUAUCCAUCUAAAAGAUAUAAACUUUCUGUGAUCUUCUAUUGUUCACCAGUAGGUUGUGCCUCUCCAGUCAGAGCCACGAAGAUACAGUACGUUCCGUUCAACCUGAAUGAGUUUAGAGUGGUUCACCUUCAAGCCUCAAAAGCUUAAUUAACAAAAGCUUUAAAAGGAGGUGGGAAUAGAGAGACAUUCGUUGGCACAAGUUAUCAAAAUAAGUUAAUCAAAAAGAAGUGUCCUGAGACCUGAGAAAAGGGUCAGUUUUCUCUUUUCAACCGCAUUUGUACAUCAAAUCAAAUGUACAAGUAAAAUGAAAUGCUGGUGUAUUGUGGUGUGCGUUUCUGUUCAACUUCAAUAAUCUGUACUGGUGUAAACAUCCUGUAUGUGGCAGGUGAUUGUGUCUAAAUGCUUUAACUGAUUUUAUUUCAGGUUUGAAUCCCACAGCUCAUGUCAAAUAUGCAAUUUACUUUUGUAGAUCAUUUAUGUCCAAGGUAAGAUAUAAGAUGUGUUUUAUUAAAACGCUUAAUUUCUCA